UAAAUAAAUAAUACUUUCCUUGACCAGUCCAAGUUCAAAGAGAGACUUUUCCUUGAUCAACACGAAGUUGUAUCUCUUGCGCGCGUCGUUCCGAACAUAUUUGCAACGAACCCUAGCUUUGAGUUGUUUGCAAUCGAUGAUGGCUGCUGAAUCCAAAAACACCGUCUCUUGUGCUAACUGUAGCAAACCUGCAAAUCUUCAGUGUCCGAAAUGUAUGGAGUUGAAGCUUCCUCGUGAAGGUUCUGCCUUCUGCUCUCAGGAAUGUUUCAAGUCUUCAUGGAGCUCGCACAAAUCAGUGCAUCUGAAGGCAAAACUAUCCUCACCUGGAGCACAAAAUUCAGACUCACUUGGUGAAGGUUGGUUAUAUUGUUUGAAGGGAGGGCAGGCUCGAACUCCAAAAUGUCCUCACUUUGAUUGGACAGGACCACUGCGGCCAUAUCCCAUUUCUAGCAACCGAAUUGUCCCAGAUCAUAUUGAUAAACCUGAUUGGGCUGAUGAUGGAAUUCCCAAAAUUGAGCCCAAUAGUAGUCUGCAGUAUACUGUUGAGGUCAAAACUCCAGAUCAAAUAGAGAGAAUGAGGGAAACUUGUCGGAUUGCAAGGGAGGUGUUGGAUGCAGCUGCUCAGAUUAUUCAGCCUGGUGUGACAACCGAUGAGAUUGACAGAGUUGUUCAUGAGGCAACUAUUGCUUCAGGAGGAUAUCCAUCACCUCUUAAUUACAAUUUCUUCCCUAAAUCUUGCUGCACGUCAGUUAAUGAAAUAAUCUGCCAUGGAAUUCCUGAUGCAAGGAAGCUUGAGGAUGGUGACAUUGUAAAUGUUGAUAUCUCUGUGUACUAUAAAGGUGUUCAUGCCGAUCUCAAUGAAACAUACUUUGUGGGAAAUGUUGAUGAAGAGUCUGGCAAACUAGUAAAAUGCACAUAUGAGUGCCUGGAGAAGGCAAUAUCCAUUGUUAAACCUGGGGUACGAUUCCGUGAGAUUGGUGAAGUUAUUAGUCGCCAUGCAUCAAUGUCUGGCUUCUCAGUGGCAAGAUCAUAUUGUGGUCAUGGAAUUGGUGAGCUCUUCCAUUGUGCACCAAACAUCCCUCAUUAUGCGAGAAACAAAGCAGUUGGUGUGAUGAAGGCUGGGCAGACCUUUACAAUUGAACCAAUGAUCAAUGCAGGUGUCUGGCGUGAUCGAAUGUGGCCUGAUGGAUGGACUGAUGUUACAGCAGAUGGUAAACGAAGUGCUCAAUUUGAGCACACUCUUUUGGUGACAGAGACUGGUGUUGAAGUUUUAACAGGGAGGUUGCAGACAUCACCCAAUGUUUUCCCUUGGCUAAAUUCGUAAUCAUGGGGACACAUGUUGAAGUUUAAUAACAUACCUAUCACCAAAAAAAAGAAGUUACCGUUUAUAGUUGAGAACAUAUUAAUAUAUUUAAAAAUAAAUAUAUGUUCUUAUAAUUAAGAUUAAAAUAAUACUUUCAUUUAUUUCUAAUAAUCUUUCUGAUUAAUGAGUACUUUUUUAAUUAAUGAGUGUGACUU